UGAUCGCCAAGCCUUGCUAAAAUGAUGAUUCACCUUAUCAAUGGCUUUCUCCAUCUGCUGUUUAGCGAUGGAGGCGGGACAGAAGAGUGGUCCUUUAUAAGCUUUUUCCCUGUUAGGAGUGCUGGACGCCUCUAAAAAUCAACUUCUUUAUGGUCUUCCUUUGGAUUUCUGAAUCCGUUCUCUUUUUGCUGUCGCUCCUAAAGGCUGAGGUCAAACUCUGAUUCUGUUCGGCUGGAGAUUAUCUUUCGGUCAACAUGUAUGCACGUUGUUUCUUACCCAUGGAAGUGCCUUUAUUCUCCUGUGUUAGUUGGUGGUUUGGUCGGGUGUGAGCAGGUUGUAGUUUUGCUGCAGUGUUUGUCACUAUGGGCUGUGUGUUUUCCUUACCGGAUGACAGACUAGUUGCUGUAGACAGGUCUUCAACAACUAGGGACACAAGUUUUAUUGAAAAAAUGAAGAAAACGGGCAAGAACAUUGUGGUGUUUUACGGCUCGCAGACAGGAACAGGUGAAGAGUUUGCCAAUCGACUGGCUAAAGAUGCUCAUCGCUAUGGGAUGAAGGGAAUGUCGGCAGACCCAGAAGAAUAUGAAAUGGCUGAGCUCUCUCGUCUAAAUGAGAUUGAAAACUCUUUAGCAAUCUUCUGCAUGGCCACGUAUGGAGAGGGCGACCCCACUGAUAAUGCUCAGGACUUUUACGAUUGGUUACAGGAGGGCGAUGUUGACCUCAGUGGGGUUAAAUACACCGUUUUUGCACUGGGCAAUAAGACAUACGAGCACUAUAAUGCCAUGGGUAAGUAUGUGGAUAAGAGACUGGCAGAGCUGGGAGCUCAGAGGAUCUUUGAUCUGGGAAUGGGAGAUGAUGAUGCAAAUCUUGAGGAGGACUUUGUUUCAUGGAGGGAGCAGUUCUGGCCAGCUGUGUGUGAACAUUUUGGAGUUGAAGCGACUGGUGAAGAGUCCAGCAUUCGGCAGUACGAGCUAAAAGUACACACUGAUCUAAACAUGAAUAAGAUCUAUAGUGGAGAGCUGGGACGCCUGAAAAGCUUUGAGAACCAGAAGCCGCCUUUCGAUGCAAAGAAUCCCUUUCUGGCAUCGGUCACAGUGAACCGCAAGCUCAAUAAAGGCGGUGACAGACACCUGAUGCACAUAGAGCUAGACAUCACAGGAUCUAAGAUAAGAUAUGAAUCAGGAGACCAUGUUGCUGUAUAUCCCAUCAAUGACACUACCAUUGUGACGAAGAUUGGUGAUAUCCUUGGUGUGGACCUUGAUACUGUUUUCUCUCUAAACAACCUUGACGAGGAAUCCAAUAAGAAACAUCCAUUCCCUUGUCCCACAACAUAUCGAACUGCAUUGACUCACUAUCUGGACAUCACCAACUCUCCACGCACAAACGUGCUGUAUGAGCUGGCUCAAUAUGCCUCUGACCCCAAAGAACAGGAGAACAUGCGUAAGAUGGCCUCCUCCUCACCCGAAGGCAAAGCACUAUACCAGAGCUGGGUGCUGGACUCGUCUAGAAAUAUUUUGGCUAUUCUAGAAGACUUGCCUUCUCUGCGGCCGCCCAUCGAUCACCUCUGUGAGCUUUUGCCACGACUGCAGGCCCGCUAUUACUCCAUUGCAUCUUCAUCCAAGGUGCAUACCAACAGCAUCCACAUUUGUGCUGUAGUGGUCGAGUAUGAGACCAAGACGGGUCGUGUCAACAAAGGGGUAGCCACUAACUGGUUAAAGGGCAAAACGCCAACCGACAAUGGACACAAGGCUACAGUACCCAUGUAUAUACGCAAAUCUCAGUUCCGCUUGCCCUUCAAAUCUACAAACCCAGUUAUUAUGAUUGGACCUGGAACUGGUAUCGCACCCUUCAUGGGCUUCAUUCAGGAGCGGGGCUGGCUCAAAGAACAAGGUAAGGAUGUAGGAGAGACAGUGUUGUACUUUGGCUGUCGUCACAAGAAUGAGGACUUCUUGUACCAUGAAGAACUUGAGGAAUUUGAAAAAUCUGGAGUUUUGACUAUGCUCAAUGUAGCCUUCUCCAGAGACCAAGAACAAAAGGUGUAUGUACAGCACCUCCUGAAGAACAACAAGGAGACUAUUUGGAGGCUGGUUCACACCGAAAAUGCCCACAUCUACGUUUGCGGAGAUGCUCGUAACAUGGCACGAGAUGUGCAGAACUCCUUCUAUGAGAUUGCUGAGGAGCUGGGCGGUAUGACCCGCACACAAGCUGUAGAUUAUAUUAAGAAACUGAUGACUAAAGGACGCUACUCGCAGGACGUCUGGAGUUAAAGGGCAAAGCAAUGUUCCUGUUCGAAACUAUUCUGUUUUGGGAAUUUUUAUAAGGAUAGGUUUAAAUAUGUUUGCUAUUCUGUGACAUGUUUGUCUAGGAAUGGAAAACGUUGAUGCCACAGCAGUGAAACCAUACAGAAUUCAGAAGCUGAUUUAAGGGGAUUUGUAAAACCAAAAAGCAGAGAAAAACAGCACAGACAUUGAGUAGGAUAUUGACCGUUAAAUUACAGAUUUUAAUUCGAAUUAUGAUGUAGUGUUUCAUGCAAUUAAAGGGAUGAAUGUAGCUUGUUCAUAUUAUGCAUACUCAUUUUUUUAGCCGGCUAGUAACUGUUUAGAGACUUUAUGGUUAUGCAAUUGAUGUUGUUGCACAUGAGACAAAAACAUGUUUGAAAUAUGAAAUAGACUGAUAUCCAUUGUCUUUUCAAACUAGUCAUUUCUAAAAAAAUUCAUCAGCCGUGAGAUUUAAUACAAAAAUGCAGUUUUUCUGUGAAGGUGGACAACAAAUAAGCUUGUAGUUCUCCAAAGUAAAAGCGUCUUAAAUCUUUAGAUUUUUCCUUUCCUACUUUGUGUAUGGUUUUAAUUA